AUGGAUGAAAAGGCUCCCCCCAACGGAAGUUGCCCUGACAAAGACAUCCAAGUCGGGACUGUCACUGUCAGUGACCUCGAUGAAGGCCGGCUCUUUCUGAGACAACACAAUAUCACAAACAAUGACCUAGAGGGCUUCCUUGCCGAUGAGGUUCGCAACAAAGCCCUCGUGCGCAAGGUCGACCUCAUCCUCCUGCCGCUCCUCGCAGGGACAUAUAUGCUGCAAUAUAUAGACAAGACGGCCCUGGCUUAUUCAGCCGUCUUCGACCUGCUGCCAUCGACCAACAUGACCAGCGAGCAGUAUAGCUGGCUUGCCUCAAUCUUCUACUUCGCGUACCUCGUCGCCGAGUAUCCAUGGACAAUCCUGGCCCAGAGAACGGCCAUGGCCAAGGUAGUUUCGGGCAACGUCAUUGCCUGGGGCUCAAUCCUUAUGAUAACAGCAGCUUGCAAGAACUUUGCAGGCAUAGCAACUUGCCGGUUUUUUCUCGGUAUAUUCGAAGCGCCCAUUACAAACUGCUUCAUGAUGAUUGUGGGGAUGUGGUAUACCCGACGUGAGCAGCCCUUCCGCGCUGGGAUCUUCUACUCCUGUAACGGAAUGGGCGCUAUAGUCGGCGGAAUCCUGACUUACGGCAUUGGCCAAAUCAAGACCAUCGCCGUCUGGCGCGCCAUCUUCCUCAUCCUCGGUGGUAUCACCGUUGCAUGGGGCCUUGUCUUGCUCCUUUUCUUGCCUGACGAUAUUCUCUCUGCGAAGCGUUUCACAAUCGAAGAGAAAGCACUUCUCGUUGCCAGAGGAAGGCUCGCGCGCACUGGAAUUCUUAGCCACCAGAUCAAAUGGUACCAAAUUCGUGAAGCCCUGCUCGACCCGCAAGUCUGGAUCUUGUUCCUAUUCAUGCUGCUAAACGAAACCAUCAACGGCGGGCUCGCCAACUUCAGCAAGCUUAUCAUCAAAGGUCUCACAGAUGACAGUCUCAGGACCGUGGCCUUGGGCAUACCAUUCGGCGCCUUCCAGCUCCUUUGGGUCUUGUCAGGGACAUUCAUUGCGUCGAAAAUUCCAAAUACUCGCACAAUCGUGAUGUUUGUGUAUCUAAUCCCCUCUCUUGUUGGCAUCAUCAUGCUGUGGAAGCUCUCCCACGAAACCCAGAGAAUCGCAGUGUUGUUCGGGUACUACAUCUCGGGUGGCUAUGUGUGUAGUUUGGUCCUUGCCUUGCAGAUGCCAGCCACCAACCUGGGCGGAUACACGAAACGCGCGACUAGUGUUGCCUUGGUAUUUCUGGCGUACUGUGCCGGCAACAUCAUCGGACCGCAUGCCUUUCUCGCGGCGGAAGCACCCAUCUAUCAGACAGGAUGCAAGCUUAUCAUAUCAUGCCUAGCUGUGCAGGCGGCCUUGUCUAUUUGUCUGCGGUUUCUUUUGAUUCGGAGGAACAAGCAAAGGGACUCUGCUACCGCUGAUGCACCGGUGUCAGAAGAGGAAGAAUUGGCGGAUAUAACUGAUUUUGAGAAUCCUCGAUUCCGAUACGUGCUUUGA